AUGACAUCCCCUAAGGCUCUCGAUAGCACCGACUCCUACACGAUCGCCUGGAUCUCUGCCUUGUCGAUCGAACGGGCUGCCGCAGAGAUCAUGCUCGACGAGACUCAUGUCCCUCCGAUCAACUUCACCAAGCACCAGACCGACCAUAACAUCUAUACAUGGGGUCGGCUGGGAGAGCACAACGUUGUCAUUGCCUCACUCGAAGCCGGGUCAUACGGGACUUCAAUGGCGGCGAAGACUGCCUCGAGCCUCCUUGCGUCUCUACCGUCCAUCCGCAUUGGCCUCUUAGUGGGAAUAGGCGGCGGUAUUGCUCGACCAACGGACAAUAACCAAGACAUCCGCUUGGGCGACAUUGUGGUCAGCCAGCCGGAUGGGACAACGGGUGGUGUAUGCCAGUACGACCUGAUCAAGGCAAAGACUGACGGCAAGCGCGAACGCAAAGGCAUCCUCGGAAAGCCUCCGACAGUGCUACUCAAUGCGCUUUUCAAGAUCCAGGCAGUGCACGAGCGCGAGGACUCCAAGGUUUCUUACUAUCUACAAAACAUGCUGGAGAAGUACCCCAAGAUGGGCAAGAAGUCUAACAGAAACCCUGGCUAUGCUCAUCAAGGCUCCGAGAACGACCGGCUGUUCCAGGCCUCCUGCGCCCAUACAUCUGGGUCGGACUGUCGGGAUUGCGAUCAAACUGGCGAGGUUCCACGAGACACUCGCGACACGACAGAUCCCGAGAUCUACUACGGCAUCAUUGCAUCAGGUAACACUCUUGUCAAAGAUGCGGCAGAGCGCGACCGGAUCGUUGAUGACGUUGGCGAAAACUGCCUCUGCUUCGAGAUGGAAGCGGCUGGCCUGAUGAAUUCGUUCCCCUGUCUUGUGAUCCGGGGCAUCUGUGAUUACGCGGAUGCUCACAAGAACGACCAGUGGCAACGGUACGCAUCAGCCACUGCCGCUGCAUAUGCCAAGGAGCUCCUCGCCUAUGUCCCGGCCGUCGAGGUUCAGGAGACCAAGCGGGCGCUGGAAGUGAUGGAGUCGGUUGACCAAAAACUCGACCUCGUGGGGCAUACGAUGAACGCGACAAAGACAAAGAUUGACAAUAUUGAAUCCAGCACUCACACCGACAAGAUAGAGCGAUGGCUGCGCCCGCCCGACCCAUCCAUAAACUUCAACGAGGCGAAAAAGGUCCGACAGGAAGGGGCCGGCGCGUGGCUCCUGGACCAUCCCGUUUUCCAGUCAUGGACCUCGGGGUCGCGCCGGCAUCUAUGGCUACAUGGCUUGUCAGGAUCUGGCAAGACAGUUCUGAGCACGACAGUGCUGGACCACAUCGCCAAAGAGAACGACCGGCUUCUCAUCAGAUUCUUCUUCGACUUCGGCGACAAGACGAAGCAGAGCGUAGACGGCAUGCUACGGUCGCUCGCCUUCCAGCUCUAUCAGAGUGAGGCAGGAUCGUCGGUUCUCGACGCGUCAUUCCAGACACACAAGGAUGGUCACCAACAGCCUGCUACGAAGAUACUCGAGGACGUUGUGACCAAGAUGCUCAGAGUCAAGAAAAAGGUCUUUAUUGUUCUCGACGCAUUGGAUGAGUCGACAACAAGGAGUGAUCUUCUCUUAUGGAUCAAGGCCAUCACUUCUGGAUCAGACCUGGGUCACGUCCAGCUGAUUUGCACAAGUCGGCCUGAAGCCGAGUUUCUGCGGGAGAUCCCCGAGAUAAUAGGCAGCAAUAACAAGCUGCCGUUAGAUAAACAAGCCGUGGACGGCGAUAUUGAUUCCUACGUCUCAGCUGAGCUCUCCCUUCGACGGGAAUUCCUCGACAUGCGGUUGUCGGAUGAUCUUCUUAGUCGGAUACGGAGCAAAGUUGGCGGCGGAGCCGAUGGCAUGUGCGUUUAG